CAGUAGCUUUACAAUAGACAUACUGAUAUAAAUGCUUAGAUGUGCCAGUAUAAAGACAAAUUCAGUAACUAAUAUAUUUUUUGAUUUUGGAAGAUCAGCUCCUCCCACAGCAAUCACAUCAUCAGUGAAGCUCCUCCCACAGCAAGCGCAUCAUCAGUGAAGCUCCUCCCACAUCCGUUCUCCAAUAAAUACGGGAAUAUUCCCAUCAGACGAGCAUCAGAGCAUCAGGAGGAGCUGAAAUCUCCAAAGACUGAGUUUAUUAAAGAGGACAGUGAGAACAUGAGUGAUCCAGAACCCUGCAGAAUGAAACACACUGAAGAUACUGAAGAACAAAGAGAUCUGAUGGAAGAGAGCGAGGAGAUUGAAGAACUGAGUGAAGUGGAGGAGGAACAUCAUGACAAACCUGGAGAAAAACCUUUGAGUCGCUCAAAGACUAAAAAGACAUUUUUAAAGAAAAGAAGAGCCAAGAAAUCUACAACCUGCACUCAGUGUGGAAAGAGUUUCUCAACCAAACAUCAUUUUGAAUGUCACAUGAGGAUCCACACUGGAGAGAAGCCGUUCACCUGUGAUCAGUGUGGGAUGAGCUUCACAUACAAACAGAGUCUUGAGAUUCACAUGAGGAUCCACACUGGAGAGAAGCCGUUCACAUGUGAUCAGUGUGGGAAAACAUUUCUUAGGUCAUCAAGUCUGAAGGCACACUUGACAGUUCAUACGAAGGAGAAGCCACAUUCAUGUUCUGUGUGUGGAAAGAGUUUUUCACAGCUGCAAAGUUUACAAACACAUGAGAAAAUACACACUGGUUUGAGAGAGUUCAUGUGCUUUGAGUGUGAGAAGACUUUUUUUACAGCUGAACAUUUAAAACUGCACCAGAGAAUUCACACUGGAGAAAAACCUUACAUGUGUUCACACUGUGACAAGAGAUUCAGUCAGUUAACAAAUCUGAAAACUCAUGAGAGGAUCCACACUGGAGAAAAACCGUACAUGUGUUCAUUCUGUGACAAGAGAUUCAGGGAUUCAUCAAAUCUGAAAACACAUGAGAGGAUCCACAGCAGAGAGAAACCUUACAAGUGUUCAUUCUGUGACAAGAGAUUCAGACGGUCAUCAGAUCUGAAAAGACAUGAGAUGAUCCACACGGGAGAAAAACAUUACAAGUGUUCACACUGUGACAAGAGAUUCACUCGGUCAGCACAUCUGAAAACACAUGAGAUGAUCCACACGGGAGAAAAACCUUACAAGUGUUCAUACUGUGACAAGAGAUUCAGUCGGUCAUCACAUCUAAAAUCACAUGAGAGGAUCCACAGCAGAGAGAAGCUGCACACGUGUGAUCAGUGUGGAAAAAGUUUCUCUAUUAAAAGUCACCUGAAGAUACACAAGAAGAUCCAUACAGUGAAGAAACCACAUCACCACAGAGAUCACAGUAAGUAAUUCAUCAAGCAACAAAAUCUCUUCUGUGGAAGUUAUUCACAGUCAAAUCACCCUGUAGCUCAAGACUGGUGGCCAACUGAAGCUAAGUACUGUUGAGUCUGGUUAGGACUGGAUGCAGGGCCGGCACGUGCCUAUAGGGCGGCAGCACAGUGAGGGCGGAAAAAAGGAGAAGCAUUUAGGGAAGGGAUUUAGUUUACAACAUACAGCAGCCUGUUGGUUAUCGGAGCAAUCGUGUAUAUACAUGUAAUACACAUGUGGGUGGGGCUCAGAACCCGCCAUGGCCACCCACAGCCCCUAACCCGCCACGGCCGCCUGAGACUCUUGACCCGCUGUGACGGGCCUUCCCGGACUCCGUUUCCCAGAAUCCUCCCUGCUCCAUCACCUGAUUGCACAUCCCUCGUCAGCUUUCCCGCCAGCUCUUUAUUCCCUGCACCUUUGUGUUGUCAUUAGCACUCCCUUUAAUUUGGAUUCACUCCUUGUCCAUUGUUAUUGUUAGUUUAAACGUGUAUUGGUUGUAUGUCAGCUCCUUGGUUCAGUAAAAUACCCUGUUUU